AUGAAUUCUGGAAGUAACGAGAACAUGUCAUACCGCUCUUUGUAUAUAUCAAAAAACUUCAACCUAUUCAACAGGUGUGUUGGCCUCCCCAUUCAGUACCGAAAUGCCGUAGCUUUGGAUAACAUUAGAUAUGUCCAAACCAAAGCUGCUAAAGAGGACGUGCUGAAUCGAUAUAAAGAAAAACUUGAGAAAAAGAUGAAGGAAGAAGGUGCAGAGUCAAUUGAAAAACUUCAAGAAAAAUACAAGGAUAAAAUAGAGAAAACCAAGAUAGAGUUGAACAGGAUGGACCCCUUGACAGAUCUGGAAGAGUAUGAAAGGAAAGCUACAAAAAAUGGACAUAAGGUCACAAAAUUAAGAUCUCCUAGAUCGCCUGAUGCGCCAAUCAAGCCUUAUAAAGUACUGGAUGAUUUCCUAAAGUUGGAGAAGAUCAAAGACCUUUCGCCGGAUCAGGUUGAAUUCUUGUGGAGAGCCAGAUUCCAGGAGAAGGAAAAUGUGUUGGUUGCUGUUAUUCCCAAAGACGUUUAUCAAAAACUAUACACCAACGCUAGGGAGAACCCUUCUUUCAUUUUACCACUACCAAAGGAAGACGAAGGUGUGGAAAUUCAUUUCAUUCAAUGGGCUUUCCCAGGACCAAAUACCACCCACUGUAUGUUCACUUCGUUGGCCGAGUACAAACUUCACAAGGAAUAUGCUAAGCCCCAUACCACUUUGAUGUUUCACCAUGAUAUCAGCGAAGACAAAAACAUUGUUUUGAUGAAUGGAACAGUGGAGCAAGAUGCAAACAUUACGUUACCCGAAACCCAACUCCUGGUGAUGAACUUGCAGAGGUUUUAUGGUGCCUUAGCUGAAUCUCCUGCAUCAAAUAGAAGACUUCAACUUUUGAAAGACUUCACUUCCGGAAAUGAAAAUUUUUCGUUAGAUUUGGUUAUCCAAGAAGCUCAAUCCCUAGAGAAUUAG